CAGAAAGCUAAAUAUACAGGCAAAGUGGCAGUCAGUAAGGCAGUCAGUCACUCGUGGGUGGGAUGGCUCAUCCGUCCAUCCAUCCAUCCGGUCGGCUGUCAAGCCAGGUAGUACCGAAGUGCACUGAACAUAUCUCUGAGGUGGCAGGGGUACACCUCAGAUGAAAACCCGUCGCCUCCCUCCUUGUAAUAACGCACCUGCACAAUGAAAGCCAACAGACAGACAACAACCAGCACAGCAACCAAUGCCUGGCUCGGGCUGUCUGUCUGUCCGUCUGUCUCAUUUGCUAUACCACCCCUCCCUCCCUCCCACCCUGUAUCUGGCGUCAGAUCCACAUCUGUCCACAGUCCAGAACUCCUCGCACAGCAGUGUCACAUCCUGCACCGACACACACACACAGCACAGCACACAGUGCAGAAGGCGCCGGUAUGUCGUUUGAUUGAUCUGUGUGUGGCUCUGCUCUGGUGCCUGCCUUUGGCCUGAGUAUGCUCAGAUUGAGUGGCUUUGCGUUCUUCUCGACCGUCUUGAGCACUCGCGGCCGAGGACAGGAAGCCAUGUACGUUACCUCAACAUUCUGAACCUGCAGACAGACACGCGCACACACAGAAAACACACUCACACUCGACCGACAUGCAGCCCAGCCGCCCUCUCUAUCACCUUGUAGAGCGAUUGCCUGAACAGAGCCCUCCUUAUCUCAUCCUUGACGGCCCUGACCUUGUCCAUGUAGAGCCCAAUGGUCUCGAAGCUCAGCAUGUACCGCGGCGACAGAUCCACUCCCUCCAGCACCUCGGGCGGCGGCCGACCCUUGCUGUAGUUGUCUCUAAUCCACUCUGCCGUCCGGAAGGCGGGGAACUCCAUUGCGUCAGCCAGCUCAGAUGCUGACGCAGAGAAACAACAAAUCUAGUCUGUCUUGAUCUGUCCGAGAUCUGGUCUCUGCCGUGCCUGGGAUGAGCAGUGGGCGGUCAAUGAGCCCGUCAUUCUUAGCCGCGUCUGCGAGCUUGGGUCGCGAGAGGAAGAGCACGAUCUGAGGAGUGCUGUGAGCGAAAAGGCCGGUGAGGACCUUUCCUGUAGUUAGCUGAAUAGAGGAUCUGCUGGGCGGU